GAAGAGCGAGAACGUUCAGAGAGUCAUUGGGUCUUCGUGUUAACAGGAUAGAAAUGGCGUCCCAAAGCUGAUCAUGCAAAGAUAGGGCCCCGAGACGGGAGAAAUCGAAUGAUGAGGGACUGGAGACUCGUGGCGGACAAAAAGAAGUAGAAUGUCCGAUGAUUGGGAGGGAUGGCCUUGUCCUGGAACACAAAACUGAGAAAUUGGGAGGCCAGGUCACUGCGGAGGGAAAAGGAAGUUUCACAAGAUGAUAAGAGAAAUGGAGAAUGGUACAUACAGUUAGAGAAAGAUUAGCUAAACACCGGCUGUAGGGGUGAGCAAUUGAGACGUUUGCGACUGAGAUGGAGAAGAGUUGUGAGUCCGAAUAAUGAGGGGAAAAUAAGCUUUGGGGCGAACUCUUGAACUUAAGAGGGACACUUGGGAGGCUUCCAACCUGAGGAAUGGGAAGAAUGUGGGUAAUGUUUGAUCCAAUGUAUGGAGGAGUUGGGGGCUCUGAGCCAUAAAUGCAGCUAGACUACCAGGAGACGUUGGAAACUCAGGUCAAGGAAAGUUUAAAUGGGUGCUUAGAACACUGAAGUAGGGUCCUGAGGACCAGAAAAUUAGGAACCAGAAAAUUACCCAGAAUAGGAGGAACGAGUCUUCUCAGACUGAGGAAGGGUAAUAUGCAUGUUUGGAGGAGGACGAAGAGGGAGAAACAGGUUGCUUUUGUGACCUGGAAAUACUUUGCCACUUUUCCCCAUACUCUACCUUCUUUCUGUCUUGCAGGCUUCUGUUCUGUCCCUGAAGCAUCUAUGGCUGAGACCUGGCAAGACUGCCCAGCCCUGGGCCCUGGCUGGAAACGCCGAGAGGCCUUUAGAAAGUCAGGGGCCUCUUGUGGACGCUCAGACAUCUAUUACCAGAGCCCCACAGGAGAAAAGAUCCGAAGCAAAGUUGAGCUGACUCGAUACUUGGGCCCUGCAUGUGAUCUUACCCUGUUUGACUUCAGACAAGGCAUCUUAUGCUAUCCCAUUCCCAAGACCCAUCCCUUGGCUGUCCCCAGGAAAAAGAAAAAGAAGCCUGCUAAACCAGUCAAGACUAAGAAGCUGCAGGCUGGGCUGCAGCGAAGUGAGGUCAGGAGAGAGACUUCACAGGGGCGAAGUAAGGCCCCUACUGCCACAGCUCUAGCUUCAUUAUCUGUGUCUGCAUCUGCGUCUUCAUCUGCAUCUGCAUCUUCACAUACACCUGCACCUGUACCUGCGUGCUGUGAGAAUUGUGGAAUCCACUUGUCAUGGGAUGGUAUCAAAAGGCAGAGACUCAAGACAUUGUGCAAAGACUGCCGAGCACAGAGAAUCGCCUUCAACCGCGAACAGAGAAUGUUUAAGCGAGUUGGCUGUGGGGAGUGCACAGCUUGCCUGGUGAAAGAGGACUGUGGGGCAUGCUCCACCUGUUGCCUGCAGCUGCCCAAUGAUGUGGCUUCAGGGCUUAACUGCAAGUGCGAGCGGAGACGCUGCCUACGGAUUGUGGACAAGAGCCGAGGGUGUGGCGUGUGUCGGGGUUGUCAGACUCAAGAGGACUGUGGCCAUUGCCGCAUCUGCCUUCGCUUUCCCCGCCCUGGUCUCAAGCGCCAGUGGAGGUGUUUGCAACGGCGCUGUUUUUGGCACGUUGCUCACCGCUUCCAGGGCUACCCUCAAGGAAGUCAGCAGUGCCCUUCCCACGGUGUGGUUUCCCCCGCUGGUAAACGUGAUUCUAGUAAGAGAAGCUCGAAGGUAGCUUCUCACCGUCAUUCCCAAGCCCCACCACUUCCUCCAUAUCCUGCAUCACAGCACCCAGAGCCCACAGAGCCGCACAUCAGCGACGUAGCACCCACAUCACCUGCUGAGUUCAUCUAUUACUGUGUAGACGAGGACGAGCUACAGCCCUACACGAACCAGCGGCAGAACCGCAAGUGUGGGGCCUGUGCAGCCUGCCUACGGCGGAUGGACUGUGGCCGCUGUGACUUCUGCUGCGACAAGCCCAAAUUCGGGGGUGGCAACCAGAAGCGCCAGAAGUGUCGUUGGCGCCAGUGCCUGCAGUUUGCCAUGAAGCGGCUGCUGCCCAGUACUGGGUCAGGAUCUGGGGAAGGAGCAGGAUUGAGUCCACAACGUACCCGUCGUACCCAUCGUGCCCAUCAAGAGAGGCCUGCUUCUGCUCGACAACUCCAACUGAGCUCUCCCUUAAAGGCCCCUUUGGCUGUGGUCACAACGCCACCAGGCCCUGUCCAAGAUUCAAGAAGGUGGCAAGCAGGUAGAGGCUCUGUACUGCCCCAACCUGACACAGACUUUGUGUUUUUACAAGAGGGUACCAGCAGUGUCCUGCAGGUACCUGGCACUGCUACAUGCACAGAAGCCCCAGUACAGGAGGCCCAGUGCUCUGCCCCGAGUUGGGUUGUGGCCUUACCCCAGGUGAAGCAAGAGACGGUAGAUGCCCCAGAGGAGUGGACAGCAGUCACGACCUUCCUGACUUCUUCCACAUUGCAGUCUGGCUUCCCUAGCAAGGCUGCAGACCCAGACCUUCCACCUGUGAAACAAGAGCCCCCUGGCCCUGAAGAUGAAGAAGAGAAAAAAGAAGCUAAUGUCUCUGAAUCAGCCCCAUCAGAGGAGAUAGGAGGGGUUGGCACGCCAGUGAUCACGGAGAUUUUCAGCCUGGGUGGAACCCGCCUCCGAGAUGCAGAAGCCUGGUUGCCAAGGCCCAAGGACCUUAGAAACCCUGACGCUAAAAUGCAGUAGACGGGAGCCUCUGCUGACUGUAGGACUGAAGGUGAUAUUUGCAGACCGGCUUUAUGAGAGACAACCCCGAUCCUCCAGGGGCUGGGCCCUGGCCUGGUUGCAGAGCUUGAGUGUGAAUCAACCCUAGGAGAAAAACCUACAAGCACAACGAGGAGCAGGCCUGCUCAGUCCUUGGACCUUAGAGGAAGCAAGCUGGAGAGGAAGAGAAAGCAAGAGUAGAAGGCUGGCAGCACAUGUGCUCCUCCGAGGAUCUCAGUGGAUGAGAAGUUGGCUGGUAGAGCUAGGGAAGGGUAGCUGAAGCCCCUGCAGACAACUCACACAGCCAUCUUCAGAGUGUUUGUCGGUGGCUUCUGGAUGACCCGGCAGUGUGUCUGAACAUUUUCUCAGGGAAACAACAGUUGCAAUGUUCCGUGAAUAAAGGAGGGAAAGGGACUGCUGAGCUCCCCUGUGGAGCUGAGCAACACUGAACCCUCACAGUAGGCCUUAGGAACACACUGAUGUGCACUUUUGCAGGUGGGUAAUAGAUUCAGAAGAGAUGAACUUGCCCAGUGUCAAACAGUUAGUAUUGGUCGAGUCUAGACAUACACCUAGGCUAUAAAAGCUUUGUUCUUUAAGCCACUAAACUGUUAGCUGCAACCUUCUGUGCAAUAAUGUAUAUUACAGUAACAGUUUCAGUGACUUUAGAAAUAGCAGUGGCUCACUAUGAACACUGUACGAGAUCCUUUACUUUUUGCCUUUGUCGUGGUUUAAGGAAGGCCCAGGCUGUGGGUGGACAGGUCACCUUGUUAGGCCCUGGAUGCUGCAUAGGCUCCCUCUGUUCCCAAGUGUGUCCUUUCACACUGCUGGCCGACAGUUUGCUGUGUCCAGACACUCUCACUUCAGGCAGGGCAGUGCUUGGGAUUAAAGCUGUCAGCCUGACCCCUGUUUUCCUGACAGCUUCUCUCUGAUGACCUUUGCUUGUUUCCUGCCCUCAGCCAAAGGUGUGUUAGGAGGCUGAGUGAAUUUAUACACUUGAGUCCUACCCGAGGACCAGUCUUGGCUCAGCCUUACCUCAUUUCCCAUCCUUAAAAUGCCAAACAGUGUAAAGUUUGUUACUUAGCAAACUUUACAGGGCAGGACUGAGUACCUCGCCAUAUGUGUGUCCUCUGUACCUACUGGACUGAGUACCUCGCCAUAUGUGUGUCCUGUGUACCUACCCCGUGUGCUAGCUUCGUCCCCAGCUCUGCUGUCUUAGGUAAUGCAGACCUGGAUCCCUCUCACAAGACAGAGCUCCGCCACCGUGGUCUCUGCCUUUGCCCUGCUUUGCCUAGUUGUGUCCGGAUCAUGCUGCUCUCCAACCCCUAGCACCACUUGUCGCUCGUAUCCUAGUAGCUCUGAUAGUGCGUGGUGUGUUAAGGGACAUGUGCAUGGUUGGCAUUUGACUUGUGAAUGAAGAUUCUGACUACUAUGUGUGUUUGACUAGGGGACAAUCAAAAGAUCAGAAUCAGUACAACAAAGGCUGGUAUAUGCAUGUUAAGGAUGUUUUGGGAGACGUUUUACAUUAUGUAAUUUGCAGCGAUGGUUUAGCGGCCUCUAGGACUGUCAUUUAUAUAUAAUGCUGGGACUUAAAGUAUUCAGGAUGGGGAGUCAGGAAGGGUAGGUAGACAUAUGGGAGUCCAUGAACAAGAGUUGGAAUUCAAGAAGACGGCCUGGAAGCCAUGCAGUGUCUCACCGCCUCCAGCUUCAAUGAUGUUUAUAUCCUGCAGAAGAAGCUAGUGUCCUUAGGAGCAGCUGGCCUAGGACUAGAGAAGCUAAAGGAAGAUCCCAGGGCAAUUGUAGCAACUGAAGGCCUGGCUGUAGGACUUGCUGUUUCCCCAUACCAAGGUGAGACAGCAGACUAAUGACAGCGUGUAUGAACUGCAAAGUGCUUGGUGUCCUGCACCAGCCUCCCAAGUGUUAACAACAGCCCACCGCUGCUUCACUUCCACUAGCCACAGCGUUUCUGUGGAUGUUCUUAACUGAAGUAACUGGGGAGGAUCCCAGGAAGUAUAGUUUAUAGUCCAGGUGACCAAGGUGACAUGUUAGAAAGCCACUCUGCCAUGAUUCAGCUCCCAAGAGCUCACCACUCACCUGAGGAUAACAUAACAAAACUACAUUGCUGAAAACGUAAGGCUGAAGAUGGAUUUCAUGAUGGUCCCAGCAAGUAAGGAAAUCCUGUCAAGCUCAUCUGUAACAGGCUUGCUGGUCUCAGCUAUGCUUGUGCCAUUCAUUCAUCCAGGUCUCGAAAGCUUGGCCCAUAGUUCUCACUGUUCAUGAUACUGGGAUUCAGAAAUGCAGUUUUAUAAAAUGCAUCAAUAUAUCUUACAAGUGAUAAAAAGAUCUCCAGGUUAUUAUGGACUUUGAUGCUCAAAUAUAGAGUUGAGUAUAUUGUGGAGAAGCCAGUCCUUUUUUGAGUUUUUUUUUGUUUUUUUUUUUUUAAGUAUAGAAGUUGAAAACAACUUAAUCAUUUCUAUUUCUAAGGUGUUCUAUUGUAAAGUUAUUUUAAACAGAUUUUCUUGUUCUAUUGUUUUUAUGUUAGUGUUUCCUUAGGGAUGUUCGGUGGUGGCUACAGUGUUGACUGCUGUGGGAAAAUGGGUCAUGGGUGGCAAGAAGAGGUUGGCUGUGCACUUGCUAUUCCUCCCACCAUGCAGUCUGUAAGGCUCCUCUAGACCUAGGCUGGGUAGAUUUUAAAGCUGGUGUCAGCUGCCCUGGAGCAGAGCCUCUCCCUGCAAAGCUUCGUGGUGUAUGGAAAAGCUGGUCCCACUCUUCAGAGAGUAGUGAAAUAGUCUGAACCGAGAGUUAGUGCUGCUGGGCUCAUCUGCUGGAGGAUUGUCCUGUGAUAUCUGCAAGCAGCUGGCUGCCUCUAACCUCAGCUCCCCUAGGCCUUCCCAGAGUCCCCAGCAAGACCUCUGUGGCACCCCAAAUCUCAGGGUGAAGCUUGUGGUGCAUGCAACCCCAGUCUGUGGGGUCUUUCACAAAGCCUGCUGAAGGGAUCCCUUCCCCUCUGUAGAGGGUGUGCUGGGGUGAGGGACACCCACCCAAAGGUCCCUACUGAGAGCACUCAGAUGAGGGAGCUGCCUCUCCUGACGUGGUCUGGGAACCCAGACAGCCUCUUAAUUUUUUUUCUUUUUUG